CUGUGGUGUCCACACGCGGGUUUUUGGUUUUUAUUCGGGAGACACGCGAUCUACUCUUUAGACAGGGAUAGUGACGUACAUCGUACAGCCCCCUCCUCUGUCGCUGGUCUGUGAUCACCAAAUACACAGUUUCAGGACCGCGCCAUUAUGCGAGCACUCGGUGUGACCGUACUGGUGUUGGCUGUGGCCUGCCUCUGGUCCCCCCGGACCGAUGCUCGGAGCUAUUCCUCCUACUGGAAAUCCCCCCGCCGAACGGACUAUGUUCUGGACCAUAAAUUUUACAAUUAUCUGGAGCGGGUAACUAGAGCCCCUUUCACAGAGUUAAGGAAAGCUCAACUAAUCCUGACAAGCUAUCGAGAAGCCAACAAAUACAGCGCCAACGGUGAUGCAAAUGACGCCGCCAGAAUCUUUUUCAGUUUGAAGCCUCGUAGCAUCACAUUUAGUACAGUCGGAUAUGGAAGAUGUGGAUUCGGGGGCUGCCGGACUAGACGCUACAGACGAAGGAACCGUUACAGAACUUCCAGGUCAUACUAUCGAACGAAUGGUUACAAGAGACGUUACAGGAGAAGCCGCGGAAAAUUUACGUAUAGAGCAAAAAAGUAUGGUAAAAAAAUAGUCAGAAAACUUCUUAGAGGGUCCGCAAAACGAAAAUCGAAGGGGAAAUCCAGCGUAAAGGAAAGUAAAUCCAAAAGACCAUCCUAUAGAAAGUCGGCGAAAGGUAAGAAAUGGAGGGGAUCCGGAAAAGGAAAGAGUCAGAGAGGUUCCAAAAGAAUGAGGGGACGGAAGGGAUCGAAAGGGAAAUUGUGGAGAUCAAACGGUUACAAAAGAUUAUGGGGACGUUGGGGGAGCAGGAGAGGGUCGCGGAGGGGAAGUUACGUCAGAAGGUACCGACCGAGGCGACGGGGAUCCCUCACGGCCCGCGGACGUGUGGGGAUAUAUGACGUAGUACUGAUGACGAGCCCCAGUAAGGCCCAGAUUGUAUUCAUACCCCGACGCUCUGUUUACUCUUACAACAGGGAACUGAGGAUCAAACGCACCUUCACCUUCAAAACAAACACUUUCUGGCAACGGAUAUUGUAUAGGUUUUGAAACAAGUAAACUUUGAUUGAAAACGAUGAACGUGUAAUUAAACAUGCAAUAAAAACCAGAUAACAACGACAAAAGAGUU